AAUCUGAAAAGAAUAAAGUGAGUGAUUGAAUUAAUUAAUAGUUAACGAGUUGAGUAGUAUGAUAAUUCAAGUUGUUCUGGAAAACUGGAAUGACCGAGUCAUCUGAAUUGCUAACAGCGUGUUGCUAAUGGUUAAGCAAUAAGCAGAGUUUAAGAGAUGAAAAAGACAGGAAGAGAGAAAAAAGGGUAGCUUUUUGAUGGGUAUAUAAUUUCCAUUUGGAUGAGUGCGUAGAAAGAGAAAGGGCUUUUUGGAUUAGUGAAAAGAAAGCACCACCAUAGCACUUAACACCUUCCUUUUUUAUCUCUAAUGUCAAUUAUAAUCAUUAUUUCAUAGCGUUUCAGAUCUGUGUCUGUGUCGUAUUAAGCAGAAGCGUUUUGCUGGAUGAGUGCUAGUUGACGCUUACUUAUGGCGUCUGAAACGGCGUCGUCGGCGGACGAAGAAACCGUUGUCGUUUCGGCUGCGGGUGCAGGAGGGACUGAUAAGAGGGGCAAGCACCGGAUUCUUGCCGAAUUGAAGCGUCUUGACCAAGACUCCAAGUUUCUUCAGGAAGAAUUGGAAGAGCUCGAGAAAACAGAAAAUGUGUCGACCAUAUGCAUGGAAUUGCUACAGAACAUGGAAAGUAAGCCUGAUCCACUACUCCCAGAAGUCCAUGGAACUGUAAACCUAUUAUGGGAUAGAUGGUUUGAAGGGCCUCAAGAUCCACAAGCAUGUAGAUGUUGGAUACUCUGAUUUGAAGUUGUGUCAAUUGUCUUGCGUUGCACAUAGGAUGUCACAUAUAACUGUAUUUAAGCAACUCAGGAACUGAAGAAAAUGUUUGAUGACAUCUUAUACCACGCACACUAAUUCUUUAAUGGAUCCUUGCUUUUAUUACAUUAGAUUCUGAUCUGAAUACUGUUUAUGUGUAAUCACAUUCAUUUACUGCAAUCAAUUGAGAAGUAUCAUUAUUUGUGCUUGUAAUUCCAAUCCAACUGUUAAUGUGCCUUGGUGAUGACUUUUGUGUGUUCACGAGACAACCUUGAGAGACACAUAUUUUAGCAGCAUUCAGCCUUGAUGGUGGCUUUUGGAAAGGCUUGGUAAUGGUUUGACGAGUCAUCAACUAGACCUGAAUGGUAAUAAGAUUUUCUGGUCAGCAGGCAUCGUAGGGGUUGGGAAAGCAACGAGAGCUCGUAAUCCCUCAUUUCACAAUUAAAUUUGUUAUGUUAGAUUUUGUAAUCAUGUUGCUUCUAGGCCUUCCUUAUGUUGUAGUAUUCUAUUUAACAAGCCUUUACUUUCUCUAUGUGCUUAUGUUUUUUGCUUUCCCUCUCUUUAUCGUCCCUCCUCAAAGUUGCUCUCAGCUGAUAUUAUGUUUGAAUUUUAUAAGUACAAUACAAUUAAUAUUUGUAU